UGGUUCUCCAUUUUAGCUUUAGCUUUUUCUGGACAAGCAAAUAAAGUCUGUUAAAGGUUUGGCUGUUUAUGGUCACAAUGUAGAAGAUGAAGAAAGAAGAAAGAAGAUGAAGGCCUUCAUCUUCUUUCUUCUGGGAAUACAGGGGGCAGCAGCAGUGACCCACUCUCUGAAGUAUUUCCUUACUGGAUCCUCUCAAGUCCCAAACUUCCCAGAGUUUGUGGUUGUUGGGAUGGUUGAUGAUGUUCAGAUUGAUUAUUAUGACAGCAACACGGAGAAAGCUGUGCCCAAACAGGACUGGAUUGCCAGGAACACAGAUCAGCAGUACUGGGAGAGAGAGACUGCAAACUGUUGGGGUUCCCAGCAGUCUUUCAAAGCCAACAUUGACACUGCAAAGCAGCGCUUCAACCAAACUGGAGGUGUUCACAUUGUCCAACGGAUGUACGGCUGUGAAUGGGAUGAUGACACAGGUGAAGUGAAUGGAUAUCGCCAAGACGGCUAUGAUGGAGAGGACUUCAUAAGCUUUGACCUGAAGACAGAGACAUGGGUCGCUGCAAAACAACAGGCUGUCAUCACAAAGUUGAAGUGGGACAGUAACAAAGCUACGAUCACACAGUAUAAGAACUACCUCACCCAGAUUUGUCCUGAGUGGCUGAAGAAGUAUGUGAACUAUGGGAGGAGCUCUCUGAUGAAAACAGUUCUUCCCUCAGUGUCUCUCCUCCAGAAGUCUUCCUCCUCCUCAGUCACCUGCCAUGCUACAGGUUUCUAUCCUAACAGAGCCGAGAUGGUCUGGAAAAAAGAUGGAGUGGAGCUUCAUGAGGGUGUGGACAAAGGAGAGAUUCUCACCAACAAUGACGGGACCUUCCAGAUGAGUGUUGACCUGGAUGUCUCAUCAGUCAAACCUGAAGACUGGCACAGAUACAGAUGUGUGUUUCAGCUCUCUGGUGUGAACGAGGACAUCGUCACCAGACUGGACAAAUCAGAGAUCAGGACCAAUGAAGGAAAUUCCUUCUCCCUGAUCAUCACUGUUGUUGUUGCUGUGGUUGUUCUUGCUGCCAUCGCUGUGAUCGCAUUCAUUAUUUACAAAAAGAGGACAGACAAACGUCCCCCAUCUCCUGCAGAGAACCGUGAAGUCAAGGAGCAAAUGCUUCCUCAAGCCGAAACCACAAACAGCUCUGCACACAACAACCUGAGAGAAGACGUGUCAGCUCAUUCUUCUCCAUAAACUGGAAUUCAUUGAAUUUGUUGAUUGUUCACAUCAUAAAAUCUGUUAAAAAGAUCUAAAAUCUAAAAUAUAGUUGCAGAUGCUUAUUAGUCAAGAUUUAAUGGAAAGGAGUUUGAAAAUGAGUUGGCAAACAUCAUUAACUUAAUUAUUCUGAAUAUGUUGUUUUCAGUAAAAAAAAAAAGGCGAUUUAAAAAAAAAGAUCUAAUUCUGUUUAAAUGUUUCAGUAUUAGUAUCAAUAUUAUGACAGAGAUCUUGAUAAACAUUUUUCUCGGUAAAGAGCUGUUAUUUUUUACAAUAGCGGAUUUAUUUUGCUUUCUUAUUACAUACGCAAUAAAAUAAAAACCUUUAAGAUUAUCCGAUAUUCUGACCACCCUAAUGCCUGUAACCUAGCAUUAGGAUUUUAAGAUUAUCUGAUUAUCCUGUUGCUUAACUUAGCAAAGCAUCAAUGCAAAGAAUUUCAUACACGCCGCCGACUCUUGUACGUGUAAAAUAACACUGAGUUAAAAAAAAAAAAAAAAAAAAAAAAAAAAAAAAAGCACCUCGCACAUAUUCAGAACUCGGUCCCAAAUAAUUUUAUUUAAACACCCUCGGAUGAGGUAUUUUGGUUUUGUGUGGGAAAGACUUUUCUUUUUUUAGAGUCACUUUUACAUCAGGUUUUCUCAUUAGCAGAAAACUCUCGAUAGACAGAAAAACAAACCCUAAAAGAUAAUUACUGUGAGAAACUGCCUUGUUUUGCACAAAAUAAGGAGUCAACAAAACGUCACCCAUAAAAACAACCCCUCUAAUCAAUAUUAAUAUUUCUUAAUGCUUGUAACCUAGCAAAGUACCAACACCCGUGCAAAGAAUUUCAUACACAUUAAAACAAUUUCAUCCUCGGAUGAGGUAUUUUGGUUUUGUGAGGUAAAGAGUUUUUCUUUAUUUUUUGAGCUACUUUUACAACAGAGGAGACCGGGCCUUUGCGAUUGCUGCGCCUAAACUUUGGAACAGUCUGCCUCUUGAAAUUAGGUUC